GUUCGUGGAAAGAUUUAACUCAAGAAGCUACAGGGAACUUUCCCAUGAAGUUCAAGCAGAAUUUAAGCUCUUCCACGCUGCACUAUAUAUGGAACUGAGAACACAAAAACCUUUCAAAACCCAUCAAACGAAAUCCCUCCCUCCCUCCCUCCGUUCAACCCCAGUCAAUCAGUGUUUUUUGACUCCCCAAGACUCCUGUCCAUCCUCUGAACCAGACUCGUUUUGCUAACCCAAGCAGACCCUUUCGUCUUCUCUUCCUGUUGUUCAUCCAUGUCGUCUUUGAGGCUCCGUAAACCUAGCGAAGCAGGGACCGAUGCCGUGCUCGACCGCUGCAAUAGCCUGGCGAAGAUUGUCCACAGGCGAAGGUGGCGCUUGGCUUACACUGUCAUAUACUUCACCAGGGCUCUCGAGUCUCUGUCACAACAAGUCCUCGGGAGGAAGACGGACCUGUUGCGGUCGCUCUCUUAAGUUGCCAUUGACAUCAACCUCGGAAACGAUGGUAACCCACGUGAAGGAGAUCGCCCUUCGCUUCGGGAUGUUGACCUGAAGAUCCUGAGUAACAUGGUAAGAGAGAAAAGGUUAGAAUCUCUAGCUCAACUUGGUGGCAUUAAACAACUCGCUUCAAUUCUCAUGACAAAUCCCGACAAUGGCUUGAGCGGAGAUGAAACCGACCUUAUGCAGCGAACCGAUGUUUUCGGUGCGAAUAAGUACAAUAAGCCGCCGGCAAAGAACUUUCUCAGUUUUGUGCUUGAUGCACUCAAAGACAUGACCAUAAUCAUUCUCAUAGCAUGCGCUGUUCUCUCUUUAGUAUUCGGCAUCAAACAGCACGGCCUCAAAGAAGGUUGGUAUGAUGGUGGGAGUAUCAUCAUCGCCAUCUUUCUAGUUGUCGCCGUGUCUGCUCUCAGCAACUAUAAGCAAGGAAGGCAGUUCCAGAAACUUUCAAAAGUGAGCAGCAACAUAAGAGUGGAGGUUGUGAGAGAUGGCAGGAGGCAACCGAUCUCCAUAUUUGAUGCCGUCGUAGGCGAUGUCAUGUUUCUGAAGAUUGGCGACCAGGUUCCAGCUGACGGGUUGUUUGUGGAUGGCCAUUCCCUGAAGGUCGACAAGUCUAGCAUGACCGGUGAAAGCGAUCAUGUCGAAAUCUACAGCGAGAAUCCUUUCUUGCUCUUGGGCACCAAAGUGAUAGAUGGCUAUGGUCGCAUGAUGGUUGCUUCUGUCGGCAUGAACACUGCGUGGGGCGAGAUGAUGAGUUCCGUGAGCCGCGACUUAGAUGAAGAGACCCCGCUCCAAGCCCGUCUAAACAAGUUGACUUCCUUCAUCGGGAAGGUUGGGCUGUUGGUAGCUGCACUGGUGCUUCUCGUCUUAAUGACCCGCUACUUCACCGGACACACCCAAGACGAGGCCGGACACAGAGAAUUCACCAGCGGGAAGACCAAGUCCGGUGACGUGAUGGAUGCAGUCGUGCGCAUAGUUGCCGCAGCGGUGACCAUUGUGGUGGUGGCUAUACCUGAGGGUUUACCGUUGGCCGUCACUUUGACGCUGGCCUACUCCAUGAAGCGCAUGAUGGGCGACAAUGCCAUGGUCCGGAAGCUCUCUGCCUGUGAAACCAUGGGUUCUGCCACAACAAUCUGUACGGAUAAAACCGGGACUCUCACGUUAAACGAGAUGAGAGUCACUGAGUUCUGGAUGGGGAAAGAACAUGUGAGUGUAGAUGCAUCCAGAAAAAUUGCAGCCAGCAUCCUUGAAAUCCUACUGCAAGGAAUCGGCUUGAACACAACAGGUACUAUCCACGUGCGACCUUUGGUUUCUGCUCCUGAGAUUUUAGGCAGUCCAACAGAGAAAGCAAUACUUUCUUGGGGUGCGCUCGAAUUGGGUCUGAUGAUGGAUCAACUUAAGCAAGACUGGGAGAUAAUCCAAGUCGAGGCAUUCAAUUCUGAGAAAAAGAGAAGCGGGGUUGCAGUGAGGAGGAGAGGAGAGCUGGUCAUUCACAUACACUGGAAGGGAGCUGCUGAGAUGAUCUUGGCAUUGUGUUCAGAUUAUUACAGCCAGAGUGGGACGGUGAACGUCAUGAAUGAUGAAGCAAGGUCUGAGUUCGGGACAAUCAUAAAAAAUAUGGCAGACAAAAGCCUGCGCUGCAUCGCAUUCGCCUACAGAAAAAUCAAUGGUUCGCUUGCUCAAGUUCAUGGGAGACUCGAGGAAGAUGGACUUACAUUGUUAGGGAUAGUGGGGAUAAAAGAUACAUGCAGACCGGGUGUGAGGAGUGCAGUGGCGUCCUGUAGAAAUGCCGGAGUGAACAUCAAGAUGAUCACAGGAGACAAUGUGCACACUGCAAGAGCUAUAGCCCUGGAAUGUGGGAUACUCAAUCCCAACAAAGAUCUCGAACACGAAGCCAUAGUAGAGGGCGUUCAGUUUCGCAACUACUCACCCGAACAGAGAAUGGCAGCAAUCGAGAAAAUUCAGGUAAUGGCUAGAUUGUUCCCAUUUGAUAAGCUUUUGAUGGUGUAG